AUGUCGGAUAAAACGGCUCCGCGCUGCCAGCUGAGACUGGAGUGGAUCCACGGAUACAGAGGCCACCAGUGUCGCAACAACCUGUACUACACGGCUGGGAAAGAGGUGGUGUACUUCGUGGCUGGAGUGGGCGUCGUCUACAACACCCGCGAACACACCCAGAAGUUCUACCUGGGUCACAAUGAUGACAUCAUCAGCCUGGCGAUCCACCCUGAUAGGAUCCAGGUGGCGACGGGUCAGGUGGGGAAGGAUCCGUACAUCUGUAUCUGGGACACGUACGCCAUCCAGACGGUUUCCAUCCUGAGAGACGUCCACACACACGGAGUGGCCUGCCUCGCCUUCGACUCAGACGGACAGCGGCUCGCCUCCGUCGGAUUGGACGCCAAGAACACCGUCUGCGUCUGGGAUUGGAGGAGAGGACGAGUCCUCGCCACGGCAACCGGACACUCAGACAGGAUCUUCGACGUGGCGUGGGAUUCGUUCCAGGCGAGCCGAUUGGUCAGCUGUGGCGUCAAACACAUCAAGUUCUGGACUCUGUGUGGGAACGCUCUGACGCCGAAGCGAGGGAUCUUCGGGAAGACGGGCGACCUGCAGACCAUCCUGUGCGUCGCCACCGCCAAAGACGAGCUGACGUACUCCGGCGCUCUGAACGGGGACGUGUACGUGUGGAGAGGGAUCACGCUGAUCAGGACCGUACAGGCUGCACACGGGGCGGGGAUCUUCAGCAUGCACGCCUGUGAGGAAGGAUUCGCCACCGGAGGACGAGACGGCUGCAUCCGACUUUGGGACGUCGACUUCAAACCGAUCACGAAGAUCGACCUGAGAGAGACGGAGCAGGGCUACAAAGGCCUGUCGAUCCGCAGCGUGUGCUGGAAGGCGGACCGGAUCCUGGCAGGAACCCAGGACAGCGAGAUCUUUGAGGUGAUGGUCCGGGACCGGGACAAACCGGUUCUCCUGAUGCAGGGUCACAGCGAGGGCGAGCUCUGGGCGCUCGACCUGCACCCCAAACAACCGGUCGCCGUUACCGGGAGCGACGACCGCUCCGUCAGGCUGUGGAGUCUCCCUGAUCACACCCUGCUGGCUCGCUGUAACAUGGAGGAAUCAGUUCGAAGUGUUUCCUUCAACAACGACGGUUCUCAGCUCGCUCUGGGGAUGAAGGACGGAUCCUUCACCGUGCUGCGAGUCAGGGACAUGACGGAGGUGGUGCACAUCAAGGACAGGAAGGAAGUGAUCCACGAGCUGAAGUUCUCUCCGGACGGUUCCUUCCUGGCGGUGGGAUCCAACGACGGGCUGGUGGACGUCUACGCCGUCGCUCAGCGCUACAAGAAGGUGGGCGAGUGCUGCCGCUCCGCCUCCUUCAUCACACACCUGGACUGGUCCGUGGACAGCCGCUUCCUGCAGACCAACGACGGCGCCGGCGAGCGGCUCUUCUACCGGAUGCCGGCGGGGAAGCUGGUUCCUAAAGAGGAGGCGAAGGGGAUCCACUGGAUGACGUGGACCGGCGUGGUCGGGGCGGAGGUGAACGGCAUCUGGCCCAAAUACUCCACCAUCAGCAACGUGAACUCUGUGGACGCCAACUACAGCAGCGCCGUGCUGGUUACCGGGGACGACCUGGGCCUCGUCAAACUCUUCCGGUUCCCCUGCCUCAAGAAAGGAGCCAAAUUUAAGAAGUACAUCGGCCACUCGGCCCACGUGACGAACGUCCGCUGGUCCAACGACCUGCAGUGGGUCGUCAGCACCGGCGGCGCCGAUCACGCCGUGUUCCAGUGGAGGUUCCUGCCUGAAGGCGUCAUGAACGGCGUCCUGGAGCCGCUCCUCCAAGAGGGUUACGCCGACUCUAACAGCGGAGAGUCGGACUCGGACGUGUCCGACGUCCCGGAGCUCGACUCCGACAUCGAACAGGAAGCUCAGACCAGCUACGAACGUCAGGUGUACAAGGAGGACCUGCCUCAGCUGAAGAAGAAGCUGAUUGGUUCCCUGAAGAGGCAGAAAGCUCCGGAGGAGGGGCUUCGCCUGCAGUUCGUUCACGGGUACCGGGGUUUCGACUGCCGUAACAACCUGUUCUACAGCCAGGCGGGGGAGGUUCUGUACCACGUGGCCGCCGUCGCCGUGGUGUAUAACCGCCUGCAGCACAGCCAGCGGUUCUACCUCGGCCACGACGACGACAUCCUCAGCCUCACCGUCCACCCGCUCAAAGACUUCGUGGCCUCCGCGCAGGUGGGCAGAGACCCGGCCAUCCACGUCUGGGACAUUCAGACUCUGAAGUGUCUGUCGCUGCUCAAAGGACAUCACAGCCGAGGAGUGUGUGCGCUGGAGUUCACAGCUGAUGGGAAGAGUUUGGUUUGUGGAAUCGAUGAAUUUCACUCCAUCGUCAUCUGGGACUGGAAGAAAGGAGAGCGACUGGCCAAAGCCAGGGGUCAUAAAGACAAGAUCUUUGUGGUGAAGAGUAAUCCGUUCAGGAUGGACAAGCUGGUGACUGUCGGCAUAAAGCACAUCAAGUUCUGGCAGCACUCAGGGGGCGGUCUGACCUUCAAGCGGGGGAUCUUCGGGACUGGGAAGCAGGAGACGAUGAUGUCGGCGAGUUACGGGCGCUCGGAGGACCUGGUCUUCUCCGGAGCCACGAACGGAGACGUCUACAUCUGGAGAGACACGACGCUCAUCAAGACCAUCAAAGCCCACGACGGACCCGUGUUCGCCAUGUGCUCCCUGGACAAGGGCUUCGUGACGGGGGGGAAGGACGGCAUCGUGGAGCUGUGGGACGACAUGUUUGAACGAUGUCUGAAGACGUACGCCAUAAAGAGAGCCGCUCUGUCCCCGACCUCCAAAGGACUGCUGCUGGAGGACAACCCGUCCAUCAGAGCCAUCACCCUGGGACACGGCCACAUCCUGCUGGGGACCAAGAACGGAGAAAUCCUGGAGAUCGAUAAGAGCGGCCCGAUGACGCUGCUGGUUCAGGGUCACAUGGAGGGGGAGGUCUGGGGUCUGGCGGCUCACCCUCAACUUCCUGUCUGCGCCACCGUCAGCGACGACAAGACUCUGAGGAUCUGGGAGCUGUCGACCAAUCACCGAAUGGUCGCCGUCAGGAAGCUGAAGAAAGGCGGCCGCUGCUGCUCCUUCUCUCCAGACGGGAAGGCUCUGGCUGUCGGGUUGAAUGACGGCAGCUUCCUGGUUGUGAACGCCGACACGUUGGAGGACAUGGUGACGUUCCACCACCGCCGGGAACUCAUCUCCGACAUCCGCUUCUCCCAAGAUUUGGGGAAGUACCUGGCCGUGGCGUCACAUGACUCCUUCGUGGACAUCUACAACGUGCUGACCAGUAAGCGAGUGGGGAUCUGUAAAGGAGCCGGCAGCUACAUCACUCACAUCGACUGGGACAACCGAGGUAAACUGCUGCAGGUGAACACCGGAGCCAAAGAGCAGCUGUUCUUCGAGGCUCCGCGAGGACGCAAGCAGAACAUCAGCGUAGCCGAGUUUGAGAAGCUGGACUGGGCGAGCUGGACGUCGGUCCUCGGUCCGACCUGUGAGGGAAUAUGGCCGACGCUGAGCUUCGUUAACGCCACCUCGCUCACCAAAGAUCGUAAACUUCUGGCCAGCGGAGACGACUUCGGCUUCAUCAAACUGUUCAGCUUCCCGUCGAGGGGCCAGUUUGCGAAGUUUAAGAAGUACGUGGGUCACAGCACCAACGUGACCAACGUGCGCUGGUCCAACGACGACUCCGUGCUGCUGUCGGUUGGCGGCGCCGACACAGCGCUGAUGAUCUGGAGCCGAGAGCCGCCGGGACACAAAGAGAGCAAAGCUGUGGACAGCGAGGAGUCGGACGACGACACAGAGGAGGACGGAGGGUACGACAGCGACGUGGCUCGAGAGAAGGCCGUCGACUACAUCACCAAGAUCUACUCGGCCAGCAUCAGGAACAUGUCAGGAACCAAACCUCACCUCCAGCACAAAGAGCUUCCUGUGGAGGAGAGACCUCCGGUGAGCAGAGCGACGCCGGUUCCCGAAAAACUGCUGAAGAACAACGUGACCAAGAAGAAGAAAGCGGUGGAGGAACUCGUGUUGGAGCAUGUUUUCGGGUACCGAGGCUUCGACUGCCGGAACAACCUGCAUUACCUCAACGACGGCGCCGACAUCAUCUUCCACACCGCGGCCGCCGUCGUCAUCCAGAGUCUGUCCUCCGGAACUCAGAGUUUCUACCUGGAGCACACGGACGACAUCCUGUGUCUGACCGUCAACCAGCACCCGAAGUACCAGAACAUCAUCGCCACGGGACAGAUCGGUGACAUCACAGACCUCCCAGGUCUCGCCCCAUCCAUCCAUGUGUGGGACGCCAUGACCAAGCAGACGCUGUCCAUCCUCCGAUGUUCUCAUGCUAAAGGAGUCGGCUACGUCAACUUCAGUGCCACAGGAAAGCUGCUGCUGUCCGUUGGCGUGGAGCCUGAACACGCCAUCACCGUGUGGAGGUGGCAGGAAGGCACCAAGGUGACCAGUAAAGGCGGCCACGCUGAGCGGAUCUUUGUGGUGGAGUUCAGACCGGACUCUGACACUCAGUUUGUGUCUGUGGGAAUCAAACACAUCAAGUUCUGGACGCUGGUCGGAGGUUCGCUCAUGUACAAGAAAGGCGUGAUCGGCGCAGUGGAGGAUGGACGCAUGCAGACCAUGUUGUCUGUGGCCUUUGGUGCCAACAACCUGACGUUUACUGGUGCUAUAAACGGAGAUGUGUACGUCUGGAGGGAGCACUUCCUGGUGCGUGUGGUGGCGAAGGCACACAGUGGUCCGGUCUUCACCAUGUACACCACGCUAAGGGACGGACUCAUCGUCACCGGGGGGAAGGAACGGCCCACUAAGGAGGGGGGUGCUGUGAAGCUUUGGGACCAGGAGAUGAAGCGCUGCAGAGCGUUUCAGCUGGAAACUGGCCAGCCGGUGGAGAACGUCCGAUCUGUCUGCAGAGGGAAGGGUAAAAUCCUGGUGGGAACCAAAGAUGGUGAGAUCAUCGAGGUUGGAGAGAAGAACGCUGCCUCCAAUACGAUGAUCAAUGGACACACUCAAGGAGGGAUCUGGGGUUUGGCAACUCACCCUUUCAAAGACGUCUUCAUCUCCGCCAGCGAUGAUGGAACCAUCCGAAUAUGGGACCUCGCUGACAAGAAACUACUGAACAAGGUGAGUUUGGGUCAUCCUGCCAAGUGCACAUGCUACAGCCCCAACGGAGAGAUGGUUUCUAUCGGCAUGGAGAACGGAGAGUUCAUCGUCCUGCUGGUCAACUCGCUCACUGUCUGGGGCAAGAAAAGGGACCGCAGCGUCGCCAUCCAGGACAUACGGUUCAGUCCAGAUAACCGGUUCCUGGCGGUGGGCUCAGUUGAAAGUGCUGUGGAUUUCUACGACCUUUCUCUUGGACCUUCCCUCAACCGGAUUGGUUACUGUAAGGACAUACCGGGCUUCGUCAUCCAGAUUGACUUCUCUGCUGACAGCAAACACAUCCAGGUGUCUACCAGCACCUACACUCGGCAGGUGCACGAAGUUCCUUCUGGGAAGGUCGUCACAGAGCCGUUUGCCAUUGAGAGGAUCACAUGGGCUACCUGGACCAGCAUCCUGGGUGACGAGGUUCUCGGUGUUUGGCCCCGUAACGCUGAGAAGGCCGACGUGAACUGCGCUUGUGUUUCCCACGCUGGCCUCAACCUGGUGACCGGAGACGACUUCGGCCUCAUCAAGCUCUUUGAUUUCCCGUGCUCGGAAAAAUUUGCGAAACACAAGCGUUACUUCGGUCACUCUGCUCACGUGACCAACGUUCGCUUCUCCUGUGAUGAUAAGUACGUGAUCAGCGCCGGCGGCAGCGACUGCAGUUUAUUUGUGUGGAAAUGCCAGUGAGUCCUCCACAAUCCUCCAUCAGUCUUCUUUUCUUCUCCUGUGAUGCUGCACUCACCUGAAGCUUCAGUCCCUUUACCUGAGAACAGGAA